AUGCCACUUCUCAGCUUCAUCCUUCACAUCACCGACUUCCACUCCCCCCUCCUGCGGUCCUUGGCACCCUGCAUCGCCACCGCCUUUGCUGUCCAAGGCGCCGUGGCGAUCCCCUCAGUGCUUGCCGGAUCGGAGCGUUUCUUUGACGUGUCCGGGUCCGCGACCUUCCUGGCUGUCGGCGCGCUAAGCUUAUAUCUCCCCGCCCUGCGACUUCCUGGCCUGCCGGGCCUGCUGGACUUGCUGAGGGGGGGUGCGGGUGCGGGUGCGGAUGUCACUGCGGGAUUGCUGAGCUGGAGGCAGCUCAUCGUGACGGGAAUGACAGCGGCCUGGGCUGUGCGGCUUGGCUCGUUCCUUUUCCACCGCAUUCUUACCACCGGCCAUGAUUCCAGAUUCAAUUCCAUCCGCCACAAGCCCGCUCGCUUUUCUCGAGCUUUCUUUUUCCAGGCCGUUUGGGUCUCACUUGAGCUUAUGCCAGUGAUUAUGCUCAACGCCGUCCCUGCGGCAGUGUUGGCAUCUGCUCUCCCAACGAUUGUUGCCACAGACGUGCUUGGCCUGUCGCUCUGGCUGGCAGGCUUUGCGUACGAGGUACUGGCAGAUGUGCAGAAGAGCCAGUGGCAAAAGGAGAAGAAGCUUAAGCUACAUGAUGAAGAGUUUAUGGCGCGCGGGCUUUUCUCAAAGAGUCGGUUCCCCAACUACUUUGGAGAAAUCACACUCUGGACUGGUCUUGCCACUGCAACUGCCGGUGUUCUCUCCCGGUCACCCAUCCAACAAGCUCUUGGUCUAUCUGGAGGUGCCCUGGGCAUCCUCACGACCACUACCUUGUCAUUCGUCAGUCCAGCCUUUGCAGCAUUUUUGCUCCUCAAGGUGUCUGGCAUACCCCUCUCCGAGGGAAAGUAUGACAAGCGGUAUGGAGAUAGAAAAGACUAUCAAGAGUGGAAGAAGAAUACACCGAGACUGAUACCUAGACUUUGGUAAGCCCGUCAGGUGAGUUUCACCCCCUUAACUCCUUGGAGUCUCUUCCCUGGAGACUGGGCACUUGG